AUGGCCAACAUCCCGGAGAAGUUCACUGGCUUCCAGGUCAACAGCGCGGAGACCUGGCAGGACUUCAAGAAGCAGCAGUUUGACCCCAAGCCCUUUGGAGAUUAUGAUGUCGAUAUCAAGAUCGAGUGCUGUGGUGUUUGCGCCAGUGACGUUCACACUAUCAAGGGUGACUGGGGUGCUCAGCCGUAUCCUCUAGCCGUCGGCCAUGAAAUCGUUGGCAAGGCCCUCAGAGUUGGACCAAAGGUCACCAAGAUCAAGGCCGGCGAGCGAGUGGGGGUCGGUGCUCAGUCUUACGCCUGCCUCGACUGCCGCCAGUGCAAGAACGACAACGAGACAUACUGCAAGCAGCAGCUUGACACCUAUGGAUCGACCUUCCCGGACUCUGGCGCAAUCUCUCAGGGCGGAUACUCUUCGCAUGUCCGCACCCACGAACACUGGGUGUUCCCUAUCCCGGAAGCGCUUCCAAGUACCGUGGCCGCGCCGAUGCUUUGCGCCGGCUUGACUGCGUAUAGUCCUCUGGUACGCAACGGCUGUGGUCCGGGCAAGAAGGUUGGAAUCGUCGGUAUCGGUGGCAUUGGCCACUUCGGCAUUAUGUUUGCCAAGGCCCUCGGUGCCGAAGUUUGGGCAAUCUCCCGGUCUCGCUCCAAGGAGGCUGAUUGCCUCAAGAUGGGCGCUGACGGCUACCUUGCCUCGGGCGAGAAGGACUGGAAUGAGAAUCACACCAUGACCUUCGACCUCAUUUUGAACACUGCCAACUCAUCUGAUGGUUUCGACCUCUCCACCUACCUCACCCUGCUUGACGUCCACGGCAAGUGGGUCUCCGUCGGUCUUCCUGGAGGUGGCGGUUUCAACGUCCGUAACCAGGAUUUCCUACCCAACGGCUGCUUCAUUGGUAGUUCGCACUUGGGCAGCAGACGCGAGACGCUAGAGAUGUUGCAGUUGGCUGCGGACAAAGGCAUCAAGACUUGGGUGGAGGAGGUUCCUAUCAGCGCUGAUGGUCUGAGGCAAGCCAUGAACGGUAUUGAGGACUCCAGUGUUCGGUACAGGUAUUGCCUAACCAACUAUGACGAGGCGUUCAAUGCGUAG